CUCACAAAGAUGGCGGGCGCCGGCGACACGGGAGGAACCGGAAGCGCGGUCUAGCGCGAGCGCGGGCCCGUGGCAGGCUCGGGACGCGCACGGAGGCGCGGGUCCGGGCAUGAAGCUAGGCCGGGCUGCGCUGGGCCUGCUGCUGCUGGCGCCGGUGGUGGUGCAGGCGGUGGAGCCCAUCAGCCUGGGACUGGCCCUGGCCGGCGUCCUCACCGGCUACAUCUCCUACCCGCGCCUGUAUUGCUUCUUUGCCGAGUGCUGCGGCCAGAAGCGGAGCCUCAGCCGGGAGGUGCUGCAGAAGGAUCUGGACAGCAAGCUCUUUGGACAGCAUCUUGCAAAGAAAGUCAUCUUAAACGCCGUGUCUGCCUUCAUAAGCAACCCGAAGCCCAAGAAACCUCUCACCCUCUCCCUACACGGGUGGACUGGCACUGGCAAAAACUUUGUCAGCAAGAUCAUCGCAGAGAAUAUUUACGAGGGUGGUCUGAACAGUAACUUUGUGCACCUGUUUGUGGCCACAUUGCACUUUCCACAUGCCUCCAACAUCACCCUGUAUAAGGAUCAGUUACAGUUGUGGAUUCGCGGCAACGUGAGCACCUGUGCAAGGUCCAUCUUCAUAUUCGAUGAAAUGGAUAAGAUGCACGCUGGCCUCAUAGAUGCCAUCAAGCCUUUCCUAGACUAUUACGACCACCUGGACGGGGUCUCCUAUCAGAAAGCCAUCUUCAUAUUUCUCAGCAAUGCUGGAGCGGAAAGGAUCACAGAUGUGGCUUUAGAUUUCUGGAGAAGCGGGAAGCAGAGGGAAGAAAUCAAACUCAGAGAUAUGGAGCAUGCCUUGUCUGUGUCGGCCUUCAAUAACAAGAACAGUGGCUUCUGGCACAGCAGCUUAAUUGACCGAAAUCUCAUUGAUUAUUUUGUUCCCUUCCUCCCCCUGGAAUAUAAACACCUAAAAAUGUGCAUCAGAAUUGAAAUGCAGUCCCGAGGCUACGAAGUUGAUGAGGACAUUGUUACCAAAGUGGCUGAUGAGAUGACAUUUUUCCCCAAAGAAGAGAGAGUUUUCUCUGACAAAGGCUGCAAAACGGUGUUCACCAAGUUAGAUUAUUACUACGAUGACUGAUGGCGCAGGAGUCAUUGUUGAGCGUUGGAGAAGAAAGAACUCAGCACUCAGAUCUUCCCCAUACCUCCCCACUCCGUCCUCUGAAGGAAGAGUAAAAAUGAAUUUUUCCUGUUUGACAUGACAGAAAUUUUUCUGGGCAUGUGUCAUUCCAGCGGAGCCUGCGGGCUGUCACCUUACCUGUGGUGGCCUCGGAACAAGCCCUGGAGCCUUCAGAGAAGGAAGCAGCCGCUCCCAGCCCACUCGUGACAGGGGCCCAUGAUUUUUUAAAAUCAUGUUUUAAUUUCACGUGUUUUCUGUUUCAAGGAAGAACAAAUAAGUUUUACUGAAAAUGUGAUACCUUUAUUUAAAAUGGUUUUUAACAUUAUGAGAACCUUUUCAGA